GGCGGCGGCGGCGGCGGCGGCGGCAGCGGCGGCGGCGGCGGUGGCGGUGGAGGCAUGUACCGGGCCCGGGCGGUGCGCGCGGGGCCGGACCCCGGGAGCCCCGGGGGUCGCUUCGGGAUCCUCAGCACGGGCCAGCUCCGGGACCUGCUGCAGGACGAGCCCAAGCUGGACCGGAUCGUACGGCUCAGCAGGAAGUUCCAAGGCCUUCAGCUGGAGCGGGAGGCAUGUCUGGCUUCCAAUUACACUCUGGCCAAGGAGAACCUGGCCCUGCGGCCUCGGCUGGAGAUGGGGAAAGCUGCUUUGGCCAUCAAGUACCAAGAACUUCGGGAGCUGGUGGAGAGCUGCUGGGACAAGCAGCAGAGGCUGGAGGUGAAUGUGCAACGCUGGAACCCACAGUGUGCCCUGAACGGGCUCCGGGCAGAACUGGAGGAAGCCGAGCAGGAGGCCGAGGAGCAGAUGGAACAGCUGCUGCUUGGGGAGCAGAGUCUAGAGGCCUUCCUGCCCGCCUUCCAGCGGGGCCGAGCUCUGGCCCACCUUCGUCGGACCCAGGCCGAGAAGCUUCAGGAGCUGCUGCUCAAGCAGGAGCGGCCCCAGCCCCCCACCCCACCCCCUCCACCCCCACCCCCUCCCACUGCAGCACCCACCAAACUUUUCCAGCUGCGCUAUGCCUUGGCCCCUGCUACAGCGGCUCUGCUGCCCUCAGGGGUGGCCAGGGGCCUGCCGGCAGCACCCCGAAACCUCCCGCCUCUGGACUCCCGCCCUGCCCCUCCCCUGGUCCAGGGCUCCCCCCUGCGCCUACUUGGCCAGGCCUCGUUGCUGAGCCCCCGGCCCCCGCAGUCUGAACCCCCCCAUCGGUAGGGCUUAGGACACGGCCCCCUCCAGGAGGGCCCCCAGACAGACUUGUACCAGGCUCCUACCACCACCAUCCUUGAGGAGUGAGGUGUUGGAGGGGCAGGCUCCCUUCCCCCAGGACUUCAGCAAGGUCCCUGCCCCUGGAGGCAGAGCCCAGGACAAGGGUCUCCAGGAAGAUGAGACAGUGGGUAGGGGUGGGGGCAGGGGGCUUCGCCCCCUAGCUUUGAGGGAACUCUGCUCUUUCUCUCUCCCUGGCUGGGGUGGGGGGAGGGUGUCCGGGCUGGCCAGAGCUUGCUUUUCCCGUGCCCCAAGAAGGCAGCAUUCCCACAGCUAGGCUGGCAGGGUGGGGGUGGGGGCGUUUUCCAUGAUCCACCAGUAACCUGGGAAGGGGCCUCUUGCCGGGCACGAUGCCAAGGCGGCUGGAGACAUCCUCAGAUUUCUCCCUGGCCUCUUCCUUCCCUCCAUGCCCUGGUUCCAUGGUCGUGGCUGCCAGGUGGGCCUCGGGACCCCCGCCGCCCCCCUCCUCCCAUAAACACUUCCGGACCCUCCAGGCAUGAAGGGGUGAGGGCGUCCUGGCAUGGGGGAGGGGCUUCUGCGCUCGGCCCUUGUCUGUGCCCCGCCCGCCAGGCCCCUCCGCAGAGGUGGUGAUGAAGAGGAGGAGGGACCACUGCACGCCCAGCUCAUCCCCACUUCUCUGCUUGCACUGCCCUUCCCCCUCCUCCGUGCCUCUCCAUCUCUCUCCUGCCCAUCCUCCGAGUCCUACCUCUGCCACGAAGCCCGCCAGGCAAUAAAGUCUUUGUUGUGUGCGCUGCUUGCCCAGUUGGAAAGACAACCGAGAGGGUGUGCAUGCCAGCCUGGUCUUGGCCCCGCCGGCCCCGGACUUCACCCCCUGCUCCCUUGGGGCUGGUUUUCCUGGAUUGCUUCCAGGCUGACCGCAUCUCCUCCCACACUGACCACCUUCUGUUCCGGUCUUUGGCCACGUGGGGAGACCCUGUAGGAUUCAGAGUGUUAGAGCCGGACGACACCCGCGAGAGCAUCUAGUCCAACCCCCCUUAUUUUACAGAUGAGGAAACUGAGAGCGACCGAGGUGAAGUGACUUGUCCAGGGUCACCCGGGUGGUAAGUGGCAGAGCUGGGAUUUGAACUCAGACCCCCUGAUGUCCAAAUCCGGCAUUCUUCACGGCACUCUUACUGGCUCUCGUUGGUCUGUAAGGCGGGCCCCUUCCCGCCUCAGCAGCGGCCCGGAAGAGGCCACUGAAGACGGAGGGUCCCUAGACGGGGCUCCUGCUCGUGGGAAGCCCCCCCGUCGCCCGUGAGAGCGGAAAAGGACGGACGACUCGCCCGCUGCACGGUUCCUCGCCCGGGCCUGUGCGCUUGCUUUGGGGUUUUUGGAGACGGGGUCUCCUGGGCUGGGAGCGCAGGGACUGCUCGUUGGACCGGACCUCGGACCACCUGGUGGCCAACCGUAGAGCAGACCCCAGAUCAGCCUGGCUGCCCGCAGCUCUGCCCAUCUGCUGCCAGCCUGGCGCCCCCAGUAGCAGGCACCAUAGGCAGGCCCCACCAUGCCCAACUGUGAAUUAAAAAACAUUUUUGGCAUAACUUGA